AAAAAACAAACAACCAGUCAACAUUAUGCGAAUUUUCCAAAUUUUCUUGAAAAAUUCAGAUAAAUAAAUACAUACAAAGCGAAAUAGUGUCUUGAUCUGCAUAAUUUACACUUCUGUAUUUUCUAACAAAUUCUUAUCACCAUGCCAAAGAAGUUUGUUGGUGAAAACAGCAAGGCCGUGGCAGCUCGGCAACGCAAAGAGGAUGCUAAGACUGAAAAAGAUGCGAAACUCAAAAAGAUGAUCGAAGACGCGGCGUGGGAAGACAACGACGACAAGCUUAAAAAGAAACAACAGAAAAAGGACGAACAAGAAAAGAAGCGUCUAGAGCAGCUACAGAAGAAACAAGAAGCCAAAGCUCUUCUAGAAAAGGAGAUGGAAUCCAUAAAGAGCACCCCAAAGGUGGCUCCGGCGCCCAAGAUCACGCGCGCACAGAUUGCCAAGAUUCAGGAGAAGAGUGUCAAACCAGAGUCACCCAAGCCCGUGCCUGCCCGAGUGGUUGUGGAGGAGCCUCCACUAGAGGAGAAUCUCAACAGUAUACAGUUGGACGGAGAAGUGGCGCAGUCUGUGGAUGAGGCUAUAUCUCUACUCAGUGAUAAGGCAGAAAUCGACAGGCAUCCCGAGAAGCGGUUAAAGGCUGCCUAUACCGCCUUCGAGGAAGUCACCAUGCCGCGCCUUAAGGAGGAGAACCCCACGCUCCGCCUCUCCCAACUCAAGCAGCUGCUCCGGAAAGAGUGGCUCAAAUCUCCGCAGAACCCGCUCAAUCAGAAAAUCAGUGCUUAGGUUAUGUGUUAUUGAGCUAGUCAUGUCGAGUGAGAUUUAAAAGCACUCUAACUAUUAUAAAAUUAACUCUCUAAUAAUCUUUAUUUUGUAUAAUAAAAAAAAAAUAUGGCUAUGAAAAAUCUAUUGCAGGCAAAAGCUGGCCAUUAGACAGGUCUUCACCUAGGUUGUAAAGUUCACAAAUUUCAAAUACCUUAUAAGCCGGGUCCACACAGAGCGAGCAUACGCGCGAGGCAAUUUCCUCGAUUUCGCCUCGACCGAGGCACGUCUACACUGGCCGUUUUGUACGCGAGGAAAUUGCCUCGCGCGUAUGCUCGCUGUGUGGACCCGGCUAUAGAGAUUCAACCUAAAGCCCUAUGGAAAUCUAUUAGAAAGAAGCUUUUAAUGCGACUUCAUACUACCACAUAGUUGUCAUAAAUACUCAUAAACAGGCCAAGAUUCCCUCAUGUACAUAGGGCUUAGAGAAACGCAAACCCAAUCUCUUUCAAAUUAUUUAUUAAAAAGUCUAUAGACUAAAACCCUUAGUACUGUAAAUAAGAAUUAUAUCGAUUACAAAUCACUCCGGCUCAUUACUGUA